AUGGCCGACCAAGACGAAGACGUCUCGCAUCUGCGCGCACCUGACCCUGCCGACUACGACCCCACGGAGGAAGCGCAAGAUUUCCUCAAACUCGACAAACUCACUGCCCAAGACACGGCACACCCCACUCUACCCAAGCGCGGCGAAAAGGACUUUGAGAGCCAUGAGACGAAUCUCCAGCUCGACACGCUCGAGGCCUCGCGCCGGGCCAUGCACGGCGUCCUCUCGUGGCAGCGCACGCACACGCAGAAAGGCCAUAUCCUCGCCAUGUACGACCCCGAGCGCAACAUGGCAUGCGUCGACAGAGUCCGCUCACAGCACUUCCAGACGAUAGGAACGAACAAAGGAGGAAGAGAGUGGCUGUUGCCCGAAGAAGCCCUGUUCUUGCUGGAGCGAGGCACCUUGGACGUCCGGUGGCCGGUCAAGCGCGAGAUCGGCGACAAGACGGUAUACAGAACCGAAGAUGGCGCGCCCAUGAGUCUCCAGUCGGCGUAUGCUGCCUUCAUUGGGUUCGAGAGUGGUGUGGGUGGGAAGCUGACAUUGGAAAUGUACAACGUCUAUGCCGGACUGAAGAGAUCGGGAUACGUCAUCUUUAGGACAGGGACGUGGGACGAUGAUAGAGGGGAUAUCGUACAAGCGCCGCCUCCAGCAGCAGCAGCACAGCCAUCAUCCCGCCCGAGCAUCGUCACGCGCUUCUUCACCGAAGUCUGGCGGCGCCUAAGCCAGCCCGAACACCCCAUCUCCGCCGAGGCCCUCGCCUUCGGUCCGCUCAUCAAGCCUGGCUUGUAUCGCAGCUACAACGACAUCUACCGCCUUCUCAAACUCAUACCGACGCACGAUCGCUCCUCCCCUCCUACCUUCGUCCUCCCACCCUCCGCAGACAACCCAUACCGCGUCCACUUCGACGUCUACCGCACCACAGCCCGCUUCAAGAAGUCCGCUCGUGGUCCGCCAGACUUCCGUAUCUGCGUUGUCGACGCGCGCACAACCCCAAUACCCACGGGUGCACAGCUAAACGACCUCAUGGCGCAGGUGCCGGAGGACAGGCCCAAGGAGGAUGGUCAUCCCAACCAGAGGUUAAAGUAUGGGUGCAGGAAUGUGGUGCUCGCCGUCGUGGAUAAUGGCAUACCGAGCUACCUAAGGGUCGCGGAUAGUCCGUUUGAGGAGGUCAAGAUCUAUGAGAGGUCGGCGCCGAGAGGGAAGGGCGGAGGGAGAGGAGGGAGAGGAGGUAGGGGAAGGGGGCGGGGAAGAGGCCGUGGGAGGUGA